GUUUCUUCGGCCCUGGACCUUCAAUAUUCGGGACAUCUUGGCAGAACCACUACAGCAGCAUUGCCGGUGACCACCGAGUGACUUCGAUCAAGAGUCCGUAACUUGCAGCCCCCACCUCAGUGAAUCCGGAGAGGCGCACGGCGAAGGAAUCGGCCCCUUUGCCUUGCGUCACGGGAACAAUACUAGAAGACCCUGUAAUAAUGGACUCCGAAGACGAGCGAGACAUCAAGCAGGAAUUUGCAGACUUCGCUCGAUGUAAAAGCUAUGAUCAACCUUCCAAUUGGAUGAGAUUGUACCAAGAUGUCGAAGCACGUUUCAGACAGAGGGCUUAUUCACUAUUCAUGCGCAAUCCGAGUCGAGUGGAUGCAUCGCUGGGAGCGGAUGCGAGGGAUGUUAUUGACUCUAACGACGAGGUCAUCCGCAACUUGCCUGAUCGUGUCCCGUGUAUGUAUGGCGAUGUCUUGCGAAUAAGACGGUUCUUCGAUACCUUCAUAGGAUUCCACGAGGGCGUUCUUGACCUCACCGGUCGCUGGGAGAAGCGUUACUCCUCAUUAUAUGCGCGCAUGCUCGUCUUUCUCGAGGAUAUCGAUCGCCUUCGCCCACACAUCGUCACCGUCGUAACAAUACUCCCCUCCUAUGAUGGUAGUCAGAUCGAGAUGACGGAUAUCGAGAUCUCACGUCCAGCAGUGGAAAGGGAGUUCAGAGCGAAAUACAAGCUCAGUGGUCUGUUUGUCGAGGAGCUCCUACGCAAAGCCGACCAGGUCAACGCGUUGUUGACAGCUGGUUCGCAGCCGGUGUUCCAGCGCCUGCUGCUGCUUCAGCUCCCGGUCGAGAUAUUGUGUAUCAUCCUCCAAUUGGCCGGAUCCGGCGGCGCACGAAUUCUGACCGCGACCUGCAAGACUAUCUGGCGACUGGCUGCGCAUUAUGCAUCUAAUGUCCGUACGUUAAGACUACGACUCGACCUUCCUCCCCAGGCACCAUAUGAAUCGACCAUAACAGUACGCAUAACCGACGAGGCUUCCCUCGAGGCUCAUGGCGGAGCUGCGCGGGGCCGCUUCAUGGAAAACUGCGCGCUCCUCCUGUCCCGCCCAGAUAUUCUCAAGCGCAUCCGUACUUUGACGAUCGUCAACGAGUGGAACGAAGAGUGCCUGGAACUCAUGGGCCUUCGCAGUGGAUCUACCCGUUUCUUCAGGCCUGUGCGACAGAGUAUAGGCGAACUCUUGCAUGCCGCCACAGACACUAGCGACUUGCAGCUAUAUUCCUUCGAACUAUCGAAGGCUAUCUUUACUGCCAUGGCGAAGAUGACGCGACUCAGGACAGUUUAUCUAUUCGACUGUCCGCCUCGUUUCGACUUCAGCCUCGUCUCACUACCUCAAAUCCUCUCUGUCGUGAACCUGGUCUUCGAUUACAUCGACUUCACCAACUCCAAAAUUGUGAUGGCAACUCGCGUGUUUCCAACGUUCGGACCCUCAUCCUUCGUGCUGACCCUGUGUGGGCAUGUUAUUGGAACUGAUCGAGGUCCGAGUCUUCGUGGCGCACCUCUGCGGGUCUUGGUUCUGAUCGGGCUUUACUUCGUCGGCGAAGAGCUUUUCCGCAUGCUAGCAGAUGCUACGCCCGAUAUAUCUGCAUUGACGCUGGUGUUCUCCAAGAAUGCUCGACAGGACUGGAGUGUAUCGAACAGGUGGCCUGGGACGACGUAUCAAUAUGCAUCCUACCUGGCGGCGCUUCCGCAUCUCAAGUCUUUUACCUGGAACUUUGAUCUCGAGCCUAUGCCUGCGACCUUGCCCUGUGACUUGCCGCUUAUGGAGGAACGCAUGCGCAGGGGCACGUCCUACAAAGAAGACAUUGCCGUUGACCAGCGGAGCUGGCGCCGCCAAUACGAUGGCGUCGAACUCUGGUGGGACGAAUGGACGUGCUUAGCCAAGCUGUUCGCGGCGUACGUGCCGACGCUCGAGUCUCUCACGUUCCUCGCGCCCUGCGGGUCUCGCAUCCAAGUCAAAUAUGGGAUCUGUAGGGACUUGUACGGGAUCGUCUGUAUCGAGCCGCAAAGGGUCGAGACGUGCCUAGACCCCAUGGACGAGACCAAUCCGCCUGCUAGUUGUGGAACGGAACAUCCUUGGUUGUAUUGA